GGAGGGGGUUGUGGUGGAGACAUGAAGUCACACAGUCACAGUGAUCAGCAGGUGAUCAGUGACCGUCACCGUGACUAUCACAUGGCAUUUAAACAUUUUAAAUUUUAAGGUUAUAUCCAGGUUAUAUCAACAUUACCAAAAAUAAAAACUAUUGCUUCUGCAAUUUUCAACUAUAGCCGGAGAUUUACACCUCAACAAUGCCGAUUACAGAAUAUUUUUCGACCCUAGCUGACAACCCUUAUUUUGGAGCGGGUUUUGGCCUUUUUGGUGUUGGUGCAGGAGCUGCAAUACUCAGAAAGGGCUUUCAAACUGGCAUGAUUCUCUUCAGGAGGCAUUAUAUGAUAACUUUAGAAGUACCAUGUAGAGAUAAGUCCUAUCAGUGGCUGUUACAGUGGAUGACUACAAAAGGUGCAAGACAGACUCAACACUUAAGUGUUGAGACAAGCUUUGAACAGAAAGACAGUGGACAUGUAAAGACAAAGUAUGAUUUCAUUCCCAGCAUAGGUACACAUUUCUUUCGAUAUGGAAGUACUUGGAUAAGAGUUGAAAGAACUAGAGAGCAGCACACACUAGACUUACAUAUGGGUACACCAUGGGAAACUGUCCAACUAACUGCUCUUGGCAGAAAUAAAGAAAUGUAUUUUAGAAUACUAGAGGAAGCUAGACAAAUGGCACUGAAACAACAUGAGGGUAAAACAAUAAUGUACCAAGCUAUGGGCAGUGAAUGGAGACAGUUUGGUCAUCCCAGGAAAAGAAGACCAAUUUCUUCUGUUAUUUUGGAUGAUGGCAUUAGUGAAAGAAUUCUCAAGGACUGCCAGGAAUUUAUAUCAAAUCCAACUUGGUAUACAGAUAGGGGAAUUCCAUACAGAAGAGGCUACCUAUUGUAUGGACCACCUGGAUGUGGAAAGUCAUCAUUCAUCACAGCUUUGGCAGGUGAACUUGGGUUUUCAAUAUCAGUAUUGAAUUUGUCAGAAAGAGGACUAUCAGAUGACAGGCUAAACCAUCUGUUGAGUAUAGCCCCACAACAAAGCAUUGUUUUACUAGAGGAUAUUGACGCUGCAUUUGUUUCAAGGGAAGAUACAGCACAACAGAAAUCGGCAUAUGAGGGACUAAACAGAGUUACAUUCAGCGGUUUGUUGAACUGUCUAGAUGGAGUGGCUAGUAGUGAAGCAAGAAUGAUGUUCAUGACGACAAACUAUAUAGAAAGGUUGGAUCCAGCAUUGAUACGACCAGGAAGAGUUGAUCUAAAAGAAUAUAUUGGCUGGUGUUCUCCAAGCCAGAUUGAAAAAAUGUUUUUGAGAUUUUAUGAUGGUGAGAAUGCGCAGAGCCAUGCCAAAGAAUUUAGGGAAAAAGUUGUAUCUUUUAACAAGAACGUUAGUCCAGCACAGUUACAAGGAUUUUUCAUGUUCCACAAGCAUUCAGAUCCAAAGGAAGUUAUUGAUAGUUGUAAGAUGAUUUGGGAGCUGUGAUGCAAUGGUUUAAUAUAAGCUAUAAAGUAUAAUUAUAAAAUGACA